AGAUUCCUAGCUGGUGUGUGAUAUAAAGGGAGGAGAUGGAAAUGGCCGUCACGAUUGGGCCAGACAGCCUGCUCCAGGUCAAUGGAGCCGACCAGGGAGGCAGCCGCUGGAAGCAGCCUAACGACGACUCAGUAAGAUGGGAUUGAAAGAUGAAGUAGUGAUGCGGUUCCCCAUGUUUGUUCUUUUUUUUAGUUGCCGGGAUUUAAAAAAUGUUUAGGUGGGUGUUAGGGAGGACCAUCUUGCUCAGUAAUGGUAGGGGAAACACUAAAAGACUUGACACUGAGAAUUGCUGUUGGUUGAGAAUUGUAGUGUGUAGGUGUGAAAGACUGACACGGCGCAAAGAACUAGGGUCUAUCUAUUUCCUAUAUGGUCAUCUUUUGUGUUUUGAACAAUGGUGAAAACUGAAAUGUGUGUGUGUGUGUGUCCAGGACCGCAGCUCCAGUCCGUCUGUCUUGCGCUGUGUGACCAGCACGUGGAAGGAGGGCUUGCUGAACAGAAAGAGGCCAUUCGUGGGCCGCUGCUGCCACUCUUGCACGCCACAAAGUCAGGUGAGCCCAGCUGUGGUCUAGUUUACUCUAGUCUAGCCGUAGGGUUACUCAAACCCCAGCCUGGUGAUCCCAAGUAUUGCUGGGGGGGGGGGGGGGGGGGGGGUGUUCAUUAGGGCAUGACGUUUUCGCGACGGAAAAGGACUUCUCCAUUUCAGGUUUUCUUCCGUUUCGUGCCUACUGAACAUGACCCAGGGUCAUGUUCAUUACACCAAACAGAAGAAAAUGGACUGAAACAGGAAGGGACUAGGUCCAGGUCCUAGGUCCAGAUUUGAAUUAAUUCCACCUGGAGGACAAAAAAAGUAUUCCACUGAAUAGAUUCUGUGGAUGAUUCUCCACUCUUCUGCUCCGUCCAACAUUUUAGGUAGACCCAAACCACUGUUGGUGAUAUUCUAUUUUUAGAACCCCAGAGCAUGAACUUAUUCAUAAGCUUUUGUGUCCCAGCUUGCAAUAGAUUUACCUGACAGAGCUCCUCUGUUUUCUUCCAGGAGAGACUCUUCAACUCGAGCAUUCCUUCUCUAGGACUGCGCAAUGUGAUUUACAUAAAUGAGACACACACCAGGUAAACCAGUAAACCCACGACAGCACUUAAGUCAUUGGUCGGAGAGACCAUAUUGAAAGGCUCCCUUUAAUAGACCUUAUUCACGUGGCGGUGUAUUCAAACACUCGUGCUGACAUUCAACGUAUUUCCAGCACGCAGGUUUGACACCUGGUACAGUAUAGUAGAUAUGCUGGUCUAGUACUGUACUUCAAACGACAUGUACUCACCACUAGUCCAUGAAGCUCAUGGUGUCCCUGUGAAACAGUGGAAACCUAAAAGAUGAAUAAUUGACUGUCAGCGGACACGGUCCACUCAUAUCCGGUGACUGACCUCAGUGAUCCCAAAGUUGACAAUAGAUGCCUUGUGCUUUACAAAACAGGACAAAUGCAGAUGUUUUUCAUAUCAACAAAACACCAACUUGUACAUUUGACAAGAUGAGUCAUGACAGGUGGAUUUUGGUGGUGGUAGGGUUGUAAAAUUGCUAAGUAGAAAUUGCUCUCUUGUAAAUAAUGACCAAAGUAUUUCACUGUAACUAUAUUACUGUACAAGAUAAUAUAAACAGUUCCACCCAAGUUGAUCCUGUGCAUUGGUGGACUACAGCUGUUACAAUGUAAUAGUUAUUUCUAAUUUGUUUCUAUAUGGCUACGGUAACAAUGUUAAUAGUAUAUCAUUGUGAUUGGGUGCACUCAGACUGUCGCGGUUACUGUGUGUAUGCACAGUAUGUGACAAGAGUAUUCCCUGUGGCCUUGCAGACACCGGGGCUGGCUGGCCCGCAGGCUCAGCUACGUGCUGUUUGUCCUGGAGAGGGACGUCCAGAAGGACAUGUUCGCCCGCAACGUGGUGGACAAUGUACUCAACAACAGCAGGUAUCACAGAGAGACAGAAAGAGGGGAACGGGAGGGAUGGGGAGGGCCACUCCUGCAUUGUCUUGGCUGUGUGCUUAGGGUUGUUGUCCUGUUGGAAGGUGAACCUUCCCCCCUGACUAGUCUCCUGCUGAAUUAAGAUUACUUAAUCUCCUUUUGAACUGACUUCAUAGACUUUGAAGACAAACCAGCCCUUGGUUUCACACCUCUAAUGUAUUUAUAUCUGAGGUCAUGAAGUAAAGGAAAGGAGCUAAUGUAUUGGUGCACAGCCAAAGAAACAAAGCAGACAACUCUCAGAUCAUGAGUUUAGCAGUGCACUUGUAAUGGUAAUUUCCCAUGAACAGUACCCUUGAAACAGUCAUGUCCUGAGAAUAGGGGUCUUGAAACAGUCAUGUCCUGAGAAUAGUGGUCUUGAAACGGUCAUAUUCUCAGCAUAGCUCCCUUGAAAGUCGGAGGUUUGAAAGGCAUUAUACUCAAUUAGCUUUUGACCUUCAAGGAGAAGACUAAUGCUCAUCUCUGACAGUACUUGUCUGUCCCAGGGUGGAGAGUGCCAUUGUGGAGGUGGCCACUGAGUUGGACCCUACGGCCACCGAGGCCGGGGUGGAACGUAAAGCGGUCAGCAAGGUGAGGCGGAAAGCCAGAGGGUUCCUGCAGGAGAUGGUGGCCAACAUCUCACCCGCCUUCAUCAGGUACAGCACCUUUCAGCGAGUCCUCUACUCUCAAAUCACUCAAUGUAAUGUUCUUUGGCACUGGCAGGGUUCCCACCAACCUUUUUGAAAUAAUUGAAAAUGGGUGACAUCCUGGAAAGUCAUGGUUGAGGAAUCACAAUGUCCUUGACAAGUCUGAAUGUGUGGUUAUUUUCUAACAAAUGUAUGGUUUUGUCUAUGGAUAUUGCUGACAAUCAGUUAUAUAACACAGAUUUGAAUCAAUCCUCAUGCUAGUUCUAAUCAAUGUAAGCAGUGCUCAAAGGAAGAAGACCAUAGCAUGUCGGUUUGUCCCUGUUACAAAGAAAGUUGCUGAACUCAAAAAUGUGUCAGGGACAACGUCACUGAAGGAGCCAUACUUGUAAAUUUUUGUCUUUCAGGUUGACAGGAUGGGCGCUUCUCAAGCUCUUCAAUGGCUUCUUCUGGAGCAUCCAGAUCCACAAAGGCCAGCUGGAGAUGGUGAAGAAAGCUGCUACAGAGGUUAGAAUCACUGCUAACAUUUUAUACUGCUGGCAUGAUGCUGUUGCGACAGUGUGAAAAAUGUCCUCAUGUUUAGAAUAUGUAAAUAAAAUAACUUUUUGAUAGUUUUUAAAAUUUUAUGCAUAAUCAGAGUUAAAUUUGUCAUUAAAGGUACACUAUGGAAUUUUGAGUUGCUAAUUGUUCACCUCAAAUGUUGGCACGUGUUGACUGUAUGGUUCAUGGAAUAAUAUAAAUAAAUGUCUUGCUUCAUUAAACCAUACAAACCUUAGUCCUGGUAAAUCAUGGGACCCUUUCUGUCUCGAGAGCAACCCCGGGAACAGAUCUUCCGCAAUGUUACCUUAACUGUCUUUUUUGUUGUUGAUAAAGCUACGCCAGUCUUAUGUCAAGUCAGCUAAACUAAAGAUGUUGUUCAGAUUACCCUUACCACCUUUAACCAUUAUUGAUUGCCCUAUCACUUCCAUUGAUUGUUAGCUAUUGAUGGCUUGAGUUAGCUGAGGUUUGUAGUGGCUGUUUUAAAGAAACCAAGCCAUGGAUUGGAUUAUAGUUUCUGGUGGCCAAUGCUGUUGAUUACUUUCAGGGUUAGGGAACAGCUAACUUCCUGAACGUACACUUUUAUAGGGCGUUCACUCACUGCUCUAGAAUGUAGUGAAAUACGGGUAAAUUCAAGAGGGUGCUACUAAAUUAAUGUCUAAACCUAAUUUUCUUUAGCCUUUGUCAUUAUGAAUCGCAUACAAAUAAUCAAUAGAUUGUUCUCUACAAUAUUACAACCUUUAAUAUGCUUGUACUUAAUAGUGUUGAUUAAAUAAUUUUAGUUUGUUGUGACCAUUCCUAGUUUAUAUUGCCCUAGUCUUGGUUGUAUUUCUUUCAUAUUUCGGCAUUGGGAGGUGGUAACAUUAGGCGUUUCCGCGCUUUGGAUUAAUCAAACUCGUCUUGAUACCCUCUUCAUUUUCAUCUCCAGAUCCGUGCCUUUCUAUUCCUCUAACCCUGGUCAAUCAAUGUUGACAGGGGCUGUUUCUAUGGCAAUUUAAAGGGGAAGACUCACAAAAUUUACAAUGAAAACUGGAACAGAUUUUUUUUGAGGUAGGGUAGAUAUGGAAAUUCAGUCUUAACUUUAUACUGAAAUAUAAAAAUAUAAAUGCAACCAUUUCAAAUAUUUUGCUGAGUUACAGUUCAUAUAAGGAAAUCAGUCAAUUGAAAUGAAUUCAUUAAGGCCCUAAUCUAUGAAUUUCACAUGACUGGGUAGAGGCACAGCCAUGGGUGGUCCUCUGGGGACCACACCUGUCAGGUGGAUGGAUUAUCUCGACAAAGGCUAAAAUGCUCACUAAUAGGGAUGUAAACAAAUUUGUGCAAUUUUCUUUAGAGAAAUAAGCUUUCUUUGCGUAUGGAAAAUGUCUGGGAUCUUUUCUUUCAGCUCAUGAAAUAUGGAACCAACACUGUUAUUGCGUUUAUAUAUUUGUGUGUGUACAGUGCAUUCGGAAAGUAUUCAAACCCCUUGACUUAUUCUAAAAUGGAUUAAAUAGUUUUUCAGUAUUCAGACCCUUUACUCAGUACUUUGUUGAAGCACCUUUGGCAGCAAUUACAGCCUCAAGUCUUUUUGGGUAUGACGCUACAAGCUUCGUACACCUGUAUUUGGGGAGUUUUUCCCCAUUCUUCUCUGCAUAUCUUCUCAAGCUCUGUGAGGUUGGAUGGGGAGCGUCGCUGCAUAGCUAUUUUCAGGUCUCGCCAGAGAUGUUCGAUCAGGUUCAAGUCCAGGCUCUGGCUGGGCCACUCAAGGACGUUCGAUGACUUGUCCCGAAGCCACUUCUGCAUUGUCUUGGCUGUGUGCUUAGGGUCAUUGUCCUGUUGGAAGGUGAACCUUCGCCCCAGUUUGAGGUCCUGAGCGCUCUGGAGCAGGUUUUCGUCAAGGAUCUCUCUGUAAUUUGCUCCAUUCAUCUUUCCCUCGAUCCUGACUAGUCUCCCAGUCCCUGCCUGAAAAACACCCCACAGCAUGAUGCUGCCACCCCCAUGCUUCACCGUAGGGAUGGUGCCAGGUUGUGGAGAAGUACAGAUCAGGGUUGGGUUAUAAAAAAAUAUCAGAAACUUUGAACAUCCCACGGAGCACCAUUUUUAAAAUCCAUUAUAAAAAAAUUGGAAAGAAUAUGGCACCACAACAAACCUGCCAAGAGAGGGCUGCCCACCAAAACUCAUGGACCAGGCAAGGAGGGCAUUAAUCAGAGAGGCAACAAAGAGACCAAAGAUAACCCUGAAGGAGCUGCAAAACAUAUGGAAGAAGGUACUCUGGUCAGAUUAGACUAGACUAAAAUUGAGCUUUUUGGCCAUCAAGGAAAACUAUGUCUGGCGCAAACCCAACACCUCUCAUCACCCCGAGAACACCAACCAUGUUUUUCAUUGGCAGGGACUGGGAAACUGGUCAGAAUUGAAGGAAUGAUGGAUGGCGCUAAAUACAGGGAAAUUCUUGAGGGAAACCUGUUUCAGUCUUCCAGAGAUUUGAGACUGGGACGGAGGUUCACCUUCCAGCAGGACAAUGACCCUAAGCAUACUGCUAAAGCAACACUCGAGUGGUUUAAGGGGAAACAUUGAAAUGUCUUAAGCCCAGACCUCAAUCCAAUUGAGAAUCUGUGGUAUGACUUAAAGAUUGCUGUACACCAGCGGAACACAUCCAACUUCAAAGUGGUAGGAAUGUUGUGUAAAUCAAGUGAUACAAACCCCCCAAAAAUCAAUUUUAUUUGUAAGGCAACAAAAUAGGAAAAAUGCCAACGGGGGUGAAUGCUUUCACAAGCCACUGUAUAUGUAUGUGUGUGUGUGUACCCCCCCCCCCCAGUUCCAGUUUUCAUUGUGAAUUUCUGAGUCUUCCCCUUUAACUGCUACAUUUUGUUUUGUAUUCCGUGGAUUUCAUUUUAGAAAAAGCCCAUGUUAUCACACACAAACCUGCAGCUACUAGCUAGCCUGUCAGUUGACGUUCGAAGUUUGCGCCAUUCUGCCCACGGAGCAGUGACCGAGUUCUAUUGAGCAGCGACCACUUUUUGACCAUGGUGUUAAUGACAUUCUAUUCACUCUAGUCAUGCAAAUUUCUCUGAGUAAAUCAUCUAACUUUACAACUAUAAAUAUGGUAGAGACAUAGGGUCUGGACUAUUGUUUUUCUGAUGCAAUUCUCUAUUGAAUGAAAUAAUCAAUUGUAUGGGUGAACACCAUACCCUUUAACCAUGGCCUAAACUAAGUUUCAUUUUUUUUUUUUUUUUUUGUGUGUGUUUUGCAGUACAACGCUCCCCUUGUCUUCCUGCCCGUGCACAAGUCUCACAUCGACUACCUGCUCAUCACCUUUAUCCUCUUCUGCCACAACAUCAAGGCUCCCCACAUCGCCGCCGGCAACAACCUCAACAUCCCCAUAUUCAGGUGAGCCUUCAACUGGAAGAGGACCCAUCUAGAUGCUGAUCUAGGUCCGUCCCCCCUUCGCCUAAUGAUUUUAAGAGUAGGAUUUGGGAAGGGUAAACUGAUCCUAGAUCUGUGCCUAACUAUCUGGCACUACCUGGUGAAAGCUGAUGAUCUCAGGUCUGAUAAUGGAUGAAGUUAUCAAGCUAGGAGAAACUGAACCUAGAUCUGCACUUGGAAGAAAAUCUAUUUAUAUUCACCUGUGCAAUGUGGGAGCUAGCCUAGCCAUUACAUAUUUGUUUGAAAUAUGCCAUCCAGAUGCAGGGUUGGUUUAGUUUUCUUAUUAGACUGUAUUAUCUCAGUGAAUGACUGGGCUUGCUUGUUUUUUCAGCACAUUGAUACGUAAAUUGGGAGGAUUCUUCAUUCGGCGAAAACUCGACGAGACGCCAGACGGAAAGAAGGACGUCUUGUACAGAUCUCUAUUAUAUGUAGUAAGUCUACAAAGGAGAAUGGUAUCCCCUUCACAGUACUAAUUAGCCUAACAGCUCUAUGUGUGUCUGUCCAUGAGGGAAAAAUCAUGUGUGUGUGUGUCCAUCUGUCUGUAGUGAAAAGGGCCUCUGGGGUUCUGCUAAUGGCUUUGGUGUUUUACACCCCGUUUGGUAAAUGUGGAUAGGCUGGCUAAACUAGUUCUAGCUGUGUGUUGACCUUGUGUUGAUUUAGAGCUGUCAAGUUGUGGGUGUUUCGGAAAUAUUUCUGCUAUUAUCACAGUGGGAAUCAUGGGCGCGGUGGCGCUAAAUGUCUGGGUUUGAUUUAAUAAAUGAGUUGUAGGUGUGACAAGGGCUACACCAUUCGCUGGCCAAUAAACGUUCUCCAUGCCUAAAUACUGAAUGCGAUUUGCUUCAAGUUGUGUAGGUUAUUGAGGGUCUUUGUUAUCAUCAACUCUAAUUCGGCUGGAGGGCCCGGAAUGUUCUCGACCUAGGCCAUUGUGGAUUGAUACUGUUUAUUAAAUGGCAUACAGUAACGAAUAAUAAUAACAACAGUAAAAUGCUUCCAGAUUUUCUUAAUAUGGUUGUCGUUUUUGCAGUCCACAAUGUUCUAGUUGGCUUCAACAUGUAGUAGGGCUGGGCGAUAUGGUCUAAAAAUCAUAGCUCUAUUUUCUAUCUAACUUAUCUCUAUACUUAUUUAAUUUUUAUAUUUGUUUUUACUGUUCUCUCUAAAUAAGCUUUGUUGCACAACAAAAGGUCAAUACACUGCAUUUCAAACAGUCAGGAAUAAUCUAAUAAAUUCAGGGCUUGUACAAUUAUACCUAGGCUAAAUAAAAGCCUUCCACAACCAUAAGGCCCACUAAUUAUUUUAUGAAAUUAGUUUAACCUGCUUUUUUUGCAAUAAUCACUGAUCUGGCUUUCAAGUCUAUGAAAAUGCCAUUUUUGUUACAAAUUUAACCAGAACCAUGCACCUCUACUAAUAAUUACCAACUUCUUGUAGCAGGUAUUAUAGAAAAUGAAUACGGGUCUCCUAAACAAUCUCUCAAGCACAAGCCCCACGUGCUAGUGAGUAGCCAGCUAAUCUUUAUAUUUAAAGUGUAGCCAACUUGGAUUUAUUUGCUUGCUAACAAGGUUGAAUAGUUGAACUGUUAUGAAUAGACCCUCGGGGGGGGUAAAUUGUAUUGUCACAUUCUCAAUAGGCAAGAUAAAUUCCCCGUUGAUAUGGCUAUAUAGGACUGAAUAAUUUUUAAUACGUUGGAGGACCUUGUCUUUGGUAAUUGGAUGAGACAUUCUCUUUAAAAAUGGGGAUGGACACUUGAAAUGAAGAAUGGAGGCUUGUGAAUUAUGCAAAAGCAUGAGGGCAAAAACCUCCAUAGGCUACUUGGCUAAUACAUUGUAAGGUUUUUAAAAAGACACGCCUACGCAUUGCUGUUGAAUCAAACUUUGUUAUAGUAGGGUAGUCUGAGGGCUUGGUUGUUAAUCUAAUGAACCGGGGGGAAGCAAUUGUGCAGGAAAAUAACUGACUAAAUACGAGGGCCACUGGCAUCAUCGCAUCUCUCGUUCCAUGAUGGGUCUAUUUCCCAGCUCUGCCAAAUGUCACGGGGCUAUUUAAAGCCAAAGCAUCGCUCACCUAAAGCCUUUACACUGUCCGGAAGCUGUAGACCAGUUGGAACACAUUACAUUUAUUGCAGAAUGGGGCCAAAAGCUCACACACACCAUAACUGUGGUCGGUUGACCGCAGUAGGGGGAUGUUGCAUCUCUUGCUUUCACCGCGGUGUGUUAUAGGGACCACCUGCUGGGUGCCGACGAGCGGUGGCUACUUGCACCAAUUCAACACGUAGAAUUGUCAGAAAAUUAACAAAUGUCAGCUGGUAUUCUGGUCAGAGGCACUAGGUUGCACUGGGCUGCCCAUCGUUCUGGUGUGUGUUGUACACCUGGGAGUAGAAAUGGUCUAUUUUGUACUAGAUGAGUAGAUGUCAUGAAUUUAACCCAUGUAAGCAUGUCAAACAGCUAAAUGAUCAUAUUGCUAAUCCCUUCCCCCUCCCCCCAGUACACGGAGGAGUUGCUGAGGCAGCAGCAGUUCCUGGAGGUCUUCCUGGAGGGCACGCGCUCCCGCAGCGGCAAGCCCUCCCCGGCACGCGCCGGCAUGCUCUCCAUCGUGGUGGACGCCCUGUGCAACGGCGUCAUCCCCGAAGUGAUGGUGGUGCCCGUGGGCAUCUCCUAUGACCGCAUCCUCGAGGGCAACUACAACAGUGAGCAGCUGGUACGGACGUGUGUUGGUGGUGGGGGGGGGGGGGGGGGUGGUGGUAAGUGUGUGUGAUUGGUUCUGUGUGUUGGAUUUGUGUUGGCGUACGUUUUGUAGUUGGGGGAAUAUCUCUGAAUACCGCCCUAAACGUGUAUGUAUUUAUUUUCUGUAAGUAUAUACCAUAGAGCUUUGUGUGAAUGAUAUGUCUAUGUCUACAACCCUCUCAGGGGAAGCCCAAGAAGAAUGAGAGUCUGUGGGGCGUCGCUUGCGGAGUGUUACGGAUGCUGCGGAAGAACUACGGCUGUGUGAGAGUGGACUUCACCCAGCCAUUCUCUCUAAAAGUGAGGACAGGGAGCGAGACCUUAACACAAGCCCCCUCUGUGAAGCGCCUAUCUUAACUGAACCCUUUGAAAAUGUCAACUAGCCAACUCCCUCUUUUUUUUUUUACCUACCAAAUGUCAACUAACUCACAUUGUAAAGUACACCAGAGUCGUGUUAAGGUCACGAUAUAGAAAACGAUAAUUAGCGUUUGUUACUGGACAAGUCCAGAUAGUCCCUACCUGUUUCAGUCCGUUGUAUUUCGUGUGGUGCCUAAUGAACACGUCCCAGUCUUACCCGCUCACAAACAGAAAGGAGAUGAAAUUCAUCUUAAAUAUAGUUAUUGUAUAAGUGGGUCAGACUUGUGGAAACACUGUGGGUGAAAUGUGUCACACGAGUACUGGGCCCGGUUUCCAAAAGCAUCUUAAGGCUAAAUUCAUCGUUAGAACUUUCAUAGGAGCAUUGAUAAAUCUCCAAGCUGUUUCUCAAAACCAUUGCGACUUAUUUAGAACAGCUAAGUGCGUCGUCAGAUGCUUUUUUUCCUUUCCGUGUCACUUUACACAGAAGGCUCCGCUAAACAUGGAAUUACAUUUUAGUCAUUUAGCAGACGCUCUUAUCCAGAGCGACUUACGUGAGCAAUUAGGGUUAAGUGCCUUGCUCAAGGGCACAUCGACAGAUUUUUCACGUAGUCGGCUCGGGGAUUAGAACCAGCGACCUUUCGGUUACUGGCACAACGCUCUUAACCACUUACCUACCUGCCGCCCUAGAAUCAAGAUGUUUAUCUGUCUCUCGGAACGCUGAUAACUUCAGAAGGAAAUUGACUACAAAUAAAGUUCCCAAUGUCUUUUCAAUUGUUAAACGAAGGAAGGGUUAAAAGAUGCUUCAAAUGCAGAUGACUGCAUUAAGAGAAAUACAGUAUAGGCUACAUAGACCUAUAUAUUUUAAUCAUAUUGAAAUACAUUUCCAUGUUCAAUCGAGUUCUACACAGUGUACAAAACAUUAGGAACAACUGCGAUUUCCAUGACAGACUGACCAGGUGGAAGCUAUUAUCCCUUAUUGAUGUCACUUGUGAAAACCUGGAUGGACUGAGACAGGGAUUGUUUGUGUGCCAUUGAGGGUGUAUGGGCCAAACAAAAUAUUUAAGUGCCUUUGAACUGGGUAUGGUAGUAGGUGCCAGACGCACCGGUUUGAAUGUGUCAAGAACUGCAACGCUGCCGGGUUUCUCACGCUCAACAGUUUCCUGUGUGUAUCAAGAAUGGUCCACCACCCAUUCUUGAUACAGAAUGGUACUGUAACAGUGUAUUUUGCUAAUUGUAUGCUACGGUCUAAUUUCUCCCUCAAUACAUUUAUGAUAUGUGCAAUGAUGUACCACAUCUGUGAUUAGUGCAUUAAUAUAGCCUAGGGUGAGCAUUAGACUAAGCCGCCUCAAUAGAUUGUUUUUCCCUCACCCAUUUACACAAUACCCCAUAAUGACAAAGUGAGAAAAUGUUUUGACAUUUCUUUUUACAAACUUACUGAAAAUGAAAUGCAAAAAUAACUAAUUUACAUAAGUAUUCAUACCCCUGAGUCAAUACUUUGUAGAAGCACCUUUGGCGGAGAUUGCAGCUUUGAAUCAUCUUGGGUAUGUCUAUCAGCUUUGCACAUCUGGAUUUGGGGAUUUCUCCCAUUCUUCCUUGCAGAUUUUCUCAAGCCCUGUUAAGUUAAAUUGGGAGCGGCGAUGAACAGCAAUCUUUGUCUUUCCACAGAUUCUCAAUGGGAUUCAAGUCUGGGCUUUGGCUGUGCCACUCAAGGACUUUCCCAUUCUUGUUCUGGCUGUAUGCUUGGGGUCAUUGUCCUGUUGGAAUGUAAAUCUUUGCCCCAGUCUAAGGUCAUUUGCACUACUCUGAAGUAGGUUCUCAUCAAGGAUUUGCCUGUUCAUUGUUCCCUCCUAUCCUUACCAGUCUCCCAGUCCCUGCUGCUGAAAAGCAUCCUCAAGGCAUGAUGCUGCCACCACCAUGCUUCACGUUAGGGAUGGUUUUGAAGGGUGAUGAGCUGUGCCUGGUUUUCUCCAGACAUGGCGCUUUGCAUUCAGGCCAAAGAGUUGUCUCAUCAGACCACAGCCUUUUUGCAAACUCCAGGCAUGCCGUCAUGCCUUUUUCUCAGGAGUGGCUUCUGUCUGGCCACUCUCCCAUAAAGCCCAGAUUGGUGAAGUGCUGUAGACUAUCCUUCUGGCAGGUUCUCCCAUCUCAGCCAAGGAACUCUGUAGUUCUGUCAGUGUGGUCAUUGGGUUCUUGGUCAUCUCCCUGACCAAGGUCCUUCUUGCUCCGUUUGGUCGGACGGCCAGCUCUAGGCAGAGUCUGGGUGGUUCCAUAUUUUUUCAAUUUCCCAAUGAUGGAGACCACUGUGCUCUUGGAAACUUUCAAUGCAAUUGUUUUAUACCCUUCCCCAGAUAUAUGCCUCAUCACAAUUCUAUCUCUGAGAUCUACGGACAGUUCCUUGGACUUCAUGGUAUAGUUUCUGCUCUGACAUGCACUGUAAACUCUGGGACCUUACAUAAACUGGUGUUUCUUUCAAAAUCAUGUCCAAACAAUUGAAUUGGCCACAGGUGGACUCCAAUCAAGUUGUAGUGACAUCGCAAGGAUGAUCAAAGAAAAUUGGAUGCAGCUGAGCUCAAUUUGAAGUGUCAUAGCAAAGGGGUGUGAAUACUUAUGUAAAUUAGACUUUUGUAUUUCAUUUUCAAUAAAUGUGCAGACAAUUCUAAAAACAGGUUUUCACUCUGUCAUUAUGGGGUAUUGUGUGUAGAUGGAUGAGGGGGGAAAAAUCGAUUUAAUCAAUUGUGUAUUCAUGCUGUAACACAACAAAAUGUGGAAUAAGUAAAGGGGAAUGAAUAGGUUCUGAAGGCACUGCAGGUGAUAUCGCUCCGUCAGUAUUGUGAAGUAAUUCCAACGACACACUUAGGGAACGUUCUCUCUUCGUGGUGUUUUGGGAAAUGCACGUUACAACUUCGACCGUUAUAGGAACGAUGCAUCGUUAAAACACUCGUUAGCCUAAAUUCCAUCGCUAUCGGGAAACCCAGCCCUGAUCUGUGCAAAGAAUACUGUAAAACUCAAUCUAAAGCAUGAUAUAAUAGGAAACGUUAAUGAUGUGUGUUACAAACAGGUGAAUAUUUAACAAGGAGUUUAGUCAACUGUGGUUCAAGGGACGCGCGUGAUGCAAUGCCUUGACCUUUCAAUCUAUUUGAAAUAUUAUGUUUAUUUUGCUCACUGCCAAUUACUCAUGCAAGAUGUCGCCGUCUUUUUGUGUGUCCUUAAGGAGUACCUGGACACGCAAAGAAGUCGGCAUAUUCCGCCCACCCUCACCCUGGAACAGACCUUGGUGCCCACCAUCAUCGAUGCACAGUAUGUAUACACACACACACACACACACACACACCAGGCCUAUGUGAUUCCAUUGGAAUUAAUUGAACUUUAUUCCCAAGGGGGAAAUAAAGAUGUCAAAGGCUUACAUACAACCACAUCAUAAAAAAAACAUUUAACAUGCACAUUACAGACAAUAAAGUGCUGAUUCCAUGUGACUGUGAUGAUUCCAUGUGACCCCCCCUUUGUGUUGGUUCAGGCCGGAUCAGGCCCAGUUUGAGGGUGAGCAGGAGGAGCAGCCCAACUCCAGGGACCUGUCGGACGAACCCUGGAGAAGACAGGUCAUCGCCAACCUGGCCAAGCACGUCCUCUUCAGUAAGUAACACCCCCUCUUAUAGGCCUUAGUCCUAUAGUGGUCCUGUGUGGUUCAGUUGGUAAGAGCGUUGGCAGUUUCAAUUCCUGCAGGGAUCACAAACAUACAAAAAAAUGUAUGCACUUUAUUAUAGUCCAAGAGUAGUCAUUUAUUGAAGCUACUCUCUGCCGUAAUGUGUGCACCUUCAAAGACUGGGACCACCAAUGAAAAGCGUAAGCAAAUGAUGGUUCAAAUGCAUUCCAUGACAUUUUCAGAUGCAGAUCAUUGGUUUAGACUAGAGCACUCUUCAGCCCACGACUUUGUCUUGAGUCAGGCCAUUUAUUUUCUUCAUCCAAUGAGUUUCUUUAUUAAUAUAACCCAUUUUCUUAUGGACCUGUAAAAUGUAUAUUUCCUAUGUUUUUCAUAUGAUAUCCACUUAGCUAGUCCCUCUCACAUUUGAUCUCUUAUUAUUAUCUGCUUACUGCACUUUGACUUUCCUUAUCACUCCUCUCUCCAAGAGCACCCCCUUUUUCUAAAGCAAAUCCUUAUACUUAGAACCUAUACUGAAGGAUAUGACCUUAGAGCUUCAUUUUUCAUGAUCCACCGACAACAAUCUGCUUUGUGCUGUGGUCUGAAAACAAACCGUUCUCCCUAGCUUCAUUCAGGGGCAUUCUCCUCAGCUAGUCCUAUUCAUGUCAGCCAAUCAGCUGCUACGGAGCAAUAUGGCAUGUUGUUCUCAGCCAAUCCCAGCGAGGGGAGGAUGGAGGAUCUGGUCAGGGGUGGAAUUGCAGUAUCAGUGGCUGCAGUUGUAAAUGUUUUACACCCAGGCUGACAUUAAACCCAAGAUUAGGCACUAAAGACACCCUCUCUGCGGUUGGAUUGUAUUAUUUAAAUUAUGCCUUUUGGAAACCCACACACACUCUCUCUCUUGCUCUUUCCCUCUUGCAUCUAGUUCUCUCCCUCACGUCUAAUUAUCCCUCGCUCUCUUUCUCUCUCCCUCUUUCUUUAUCAUGUUCAGCCUAUUCCCAGUCCUCUUAUCUUGCUCCCUUUUUUUUGUGUGUUCCUUUUUCAUUAGAACAAUAUUGAAAUCACAAACCCUAGCCAAAAUAUAGCAACUUGUCCAUCUUGAUAGAGCUCCAUCUCACUUCAAGAAGUGACAUCUCGUCUACUUAGUUAGUUGAGAGUUCAAAAGGACUAAUUUCACCAGGGCCCGUAUUCCUAAAGCGUCUCAGAGUAGGAGUGCUGAUCUACGAUCAGGUCCCCAUGUCCAUGCAAUCGUAUUCAUUAUGAUCUAAAAGGCCAAGCUGAUCCUAGAUCAACACUCAUACUCUGAGACGCUUUAGGAAUACAGGCCCUGACCUGUCUUAGCGCCAGCUGACACUGUCACGUUAUUUAGAGACAGUCGCUCACUGUUUACUGUCCUUUCUUUCUCUCGGUCAUUCAUCUGGGCGUCCUGACUGUGACCCUGGUCAGAUAACGUGGUGUCGUCUCUGUUUCCCUCCCACAGCGGCUAACAAGUCCUCAGCGGUCAUGUCCACCCACAUUGUAGCCUGUCUGCUCCUUUACAGACACAGACAGGUAAGCAGCCCUACUUUUCUCAAGAGUAAGAUCCAACGAUCACUUUGAUUCAAGACCUUGCAUUGAAGUAAUUGAUCCCCAUUCAUGGUUUGAUGUGCUUCACUUCAUGUUUCACAACCCAUUAAAGGUAGACUGCAAUAUGACAAAUUCAUACGUGACGGGGUGACUCCCUGCUAACAGACGUCAACAACAAUCAUUUCAAUCUGCCUGGACUGCUGUUAUUGGCUCUUCCCAAUUUGAGGCCCUCACUUGAGUCAUAACCCACAUCGAGAAAAGCCAAUCAUUGCAGAUUAUAAUUUUUUCUUUGUUGAUUUAUGUAAAAAGGAAUUACUCCUAGCUGGGUAUGAUAAUGUCAUAAUGUGGAUUCUACCUUUUUAAGUUGUCAAUAAAAUUACACAUUGCUACUCAUAAAGUAUACUUGGUUUUAGUGCUUAAUUAUCCUCAGGUUGAAUGAACAUUGUGGAAGUAUAGAAUGAACAUUUGGAAUAAUUUAUGAAUGAACAUUACUUAUUAUUUUUAACAUUAUUUUUCACCACAUCUGUGUGUCUCCCCUCUGCUCCACAAGGGGGUUGCGCUGUCCAAGCUGGUGGAGGACUUCUUCAACAUGAAGGAGGAGAUCCUGUCGCGGGACUUUGACCUGGGCUUCUCCGGCAACUCUGAGGACGUGGUCAUGCACGCUCUCCACCUCCUGGACAACUGUGUCAACGUGACCAGCACCAACCGCAACACAGAGUUCACCAUCGCCCCUAGCAAAACGGUGCCGGCGCUGUUCGAGCUCAACUUCUACAGCAACGGCCUCUUCCAUGUCUUUAUCUCGGACGCCAUCAUAGGUACUGACACCGCACGUUGUACUCCGCCACUGUGUUUUGACAUAGGGAAAAGUAUUGAGUGAAAUAAAGUAUACAAAUUAAUUUGUGUUUCCCAAUUGUGUGUUGCGGCCAGUCCCUUUUGGGUUCUGUUCAGUUUAAUGUAUUGAAUUGCCUAUCAUCCACUAAUGUACAUUUAUUUUCAUCGAUGUCUCAAAACACCCGUUUCAUUUUGUCAUCUCACCAUGCGUUCUGUGUCCCCCCUUCUUUUUUUUUGCCCUCUCAGCAUGCAGUGCUCUGGCAUUGCUACGGGAACAGGCGGCGUCUGAGGUGGAGGGGGAGCAGGGCGGGCCCAGCACCCUCCUCAGUCAGGAGAGACUGAUCCGCAAGGCUGCCGGCCUCUCCCACUUCCUCACCAACGAAGUGUCGGUUGCACCGGUCAGUCACUUCUUCCACAUCUCCCCCCCCCCCAGUACACCUGUCCCGUGCACUUAACAACCGUUUUAACGUUCUGCGCAUGUGUUACUUUACACACACGAAAACGUAUUGAACAGCCACUCUGUUUUAGUUAUUCUAUCUCGCCAUCUUGUUCAAAAUGUGUACAUAGGAAUAUUCAACCCCAAAACUAUUUUGGUCCCAUUGUUGAUAUAGUCCCAAAAUGUUUUGCAUUUCAGCAAUCAAGUUUUCAAGAUAUAUAACUUGCAUCAUACCGGCUGCAUUUUGUAUUUUUAAAGUUGUUUAUCUUAACUUGAUUGCUGACAUGCAUAACAUUUUGGGACUAUAUCAACAAUGGACUAACGAAACAAAUACAGAGUUUUCCUUUAAGUGCUAAAUGGAAGAGAUGAGACUGCUUGUGCAGUAUUUUGUUCUGCCAAGCCAGUCUGUUUUCUACCCUUGAUAGAACUAUGAUACAACUGCACCACCUAGCGGGGAAGAUAAAGCACUGUUUCCUUGAGUCAGGAGUAGGCUUGAGUGGUAUACCAGGGUAUUUGGAAAUGGCCGCAGGAUAGUUUUUCAAAACUAUUUCUUUUGAAUUUGAGUAUUUGUAGCAACUUUUUAAGUUAAUACCUGUAGUCAACUUGUGCAAUACCUUAGCAGAUUGCAGUCUUCAUUUCACCUGUCACAUUAGUUUACAUUAUGAAGUUUAACGUAGUUCCCCAGAACAGUUGAGCCAGUCAUGUUUGUUUGUAAAUAGCACAAUGGGAGAAAGCAGGAGCUGGUAUUUGGUUGAACUUGCUUGUAAGCUAAGUGGCUGAAUUAAUAAGGGGAUGGGACGUCAUAUAGUGUUAGCUUUCUGCUGUGUUUGAGAAGUCCAAGCCCUUUGGAUGAGUUAUCUGUACAGCUGCCACUGCCAUCUUGAUUUCCUUGAGUUUUUUCUCAUCUCCUUUCUCGGCCCUUCUUCUCCGAGCAGAGCAGGUAGGCCCAUUGCCCUAGCGACUCCAGUCUCCAAACAGACAGCGUGUACACAUGCUGCUCCAGAGCCAGUGCUGUUCUUCCUUCAGACAAGCAUAUGUCAACUUUGUUCAUUUGCACAAUGUCUCUCUUUCACAGUCGCUUGUAAAUGUCCAAACUCACCAAAAGUGUCCCUGUGCCCUAGAACGCCAUGGUAACCUUUCUAAAUGACUAUUGCUCGGUUAGCACUCACAUCUGUAGCCAUGAAAUGCUUUGAAAGGCUCCACCUCAGGAGGCUGAAAAGAUUCUGCAUGGGCCCUCAGAUCCUCAAAGUUCUACAGCUGCACCAUUGAGAGCGUCUUGACUGACUGCAUCACCACUUGGUAUGGCAACUGCUUGGCAUCCGACCGCAAGGCGCUACAGAGGGUAGUGCAUACGGCCCAGUACAUCACUGGGGCCGAGCUCCGUGCCUUCCAGGACCUCUAUACCAGGCGGUGUCAGAGGAAGGAUAAAAUAAUUGUCAGACUCCAGCCACACAAGUCAUAGACUGUUCUCUCUGCUACUGCACGGCAGGGUGGUACCAAUGCACCAAGUCUGGAACCAACAGGACCCUGAACAGCAUCUACGCCCAAGACAAAAAAACUGCUAAAUAGUUAGUCCGAGUAGCUAUUGGUUAACUAUUUAACGAUCUGCAUUGACCCUUUUUGCACUAACUUUUUUGACUCAUCACCUACACUGCUGUUACCGUUUUAUUAUCUGUCACUUUAUCGAUACCUAUAUGUACAUACAGUUGAAGUCGGAAGUUUACAUACACCUUAGCCAAAUACAUUUCAACUCAGUUUUUCACAAUUCCUGACAUUUAAUCAUAGUAACAAUUCCCUGUCUUAGGUCAGUUAGAAAUGUCAGAAUAAUUGUAGAGAGAAUUGUUUAUUUCAGCUUUUAUUUCUUUCAUCACAUUCCCAGUGGGUCAGAAGUUUACAUACACUCAAUUAGUAUUUGGUAGCAUUGCCUUUAAAUUGUUUAACUUGGGUCAAACAUUUCAGGUAGCCUUCCACAAGCUUCCCACAAUAAGUUGGGUGAAUUUUGGCCCAUUCCUCCUGACAGAGCUGGUGUAACUGAGUCAGGUUUGUAGGCCUCCUUGCUCGCACACACUUUUUCAGUUCUGCCCCCAAAUGUUCUAUAGGAUUGAGGUCAGGGCUUUGUGAUGGCCACUCCAAUACCUUGACUUUGUUGUCCUUAAGCAAUUUUGCCACAACUUUGGAAGUAUGCUUGGGGUCAUUGUCCAUUUGGAAGACCAUUUGCGACCAAGCUUUUAAUUUCCUGACUGAUGUCUUGAGAUGUUGCUUCAAUAUAUCCACAUAAUUUUCCUCCUGCAGCAAAGCACCCCCACAGCAUGAUGCUUCCACCCCCGUGCUUCACGGUUGGGAUGGUGUUCUUCGGCAUGCAAGCCAACCCCCUUUUUCCUCCAUAACGAUGGUCAUUAUGGCCAAACAGUUCUAUUUUUGUUUCAUCAGACCAGAGGACAUUUCUCCAAAAAGUACGAUCUUUGUCCCCUUGUGCAGUUGCAAACCGUAGUCUGGCUUUUUUAUGGCGGUUUUGGAGCAGUGGCUUCUUCCUUGCUGAGCGGCCUUUCAGGUGAUGUUGAUAUAGGACUCGUUUUACUUUGGAUAUAGAUACUUUUGUACCUGUUUCCUCCAGCAUCUUCACAAGGUCCUUUGCUGUUGUUCUGGGAUUGAUUUGCACUUUUCGCACCAAAGUACGUUCAUCUCUAGAAGACAGAACGCGUCUCCUUCCUGAGCGGUAUGAUGGCUGCGUGGUCCCAUAGUGUUUAUACUUGCGUACUAUUGUUUGUACAGAUGAACGUGGUACAUUCAGGCAUUUGGAAAUUGCUCUCAAGGAUGAACCAGACUUGUGGAGGUCUACAAUUUUUUUCUGAGGUCUUGGCUGAUUUCUUUAGAUUUUCCCAUGAUGUCAAGCAAAGAGGCACUGAGUUUGAAGGUAGGCCUUGAAAUACAUCCACAGGUACACCUCCAAUUGACUCAAAUGAUGUCAAUUAGCCUAUCAAAAGCUUCUAAAGUCAUGACAUCAUUUUCUGGAAUUUUCCAAGCUGUUUAAAGGCACAGUCAACUUAGUGUAUGUAAACUUCUGACCCACUGGAAUUGUGAUACAGUGAAUUAUAAGUGAAAUUGUCUGUAAUGAAUUGUUGGAAAAAUUACUUGUAUCAUGCACAAAGUAGAUGUCCUAACCGACUUGCCAAAACUAUAGUUUGUUAACAAGAAAUGUGUGGAGUGGUUGAAAAACAAGUUUUAAUGACUCCAACCUAAGUGUAUGUAAACUUCCGACUUCAACUGUAUCUACCUCAAUUACCUCGUACCCCUGCACAUCGACUCGUUACCCUGUGUACUGUAUAUAGCCGAGUUAUCAUUACUCAUUGUGUAUUUAUUCCUUGUGUUAUUAUUUUUCAAUUAUUUCUCUUUUCUCUCUGCAUUGUUGGGAAGGGCCCGUAAGCAUUUCACCGUUAGUCUACACUUGUUGUUUAUGAAGCAUGUGACAAAUACCCGUGUAGCUCAGUUGGUAGAGCAUGGCGCUUGCAACGCCAGGGUUGUGGGUUCGUUUCCCACGGGGGGCCAGUAUGAAAAAAUGUAUGCACUCACUAACUGUAAGUCGCUCUGGAUAAGAGCGUCUGCUAAAUGACUAAAAUGUAAAAAUGUAAUAUGAUUUGACCUAGGGCUGGGCGAUGUGGCCAAAAUUUAAUAUCACGAUAUUAGUCAAAUUUAUGAUGGUAUUUUAUGUUUUGAAUAAUACAUGUUAUACAUUUGCUUUGAGUUGUGCAUGACCCUAGGGAGGCAACGCAUACAUUCGAUGUGAUUUCAAUGGGGCUUUCUCCUUUCUGAUUUGUUUUAUACUGUUCAAUCAAACUUCAACCAAAAAUAAUUUUCUGCAUUUUCAUAAAUUUCUGCAUUUCCAGCACUCAUUUGAGAUCAUUUCCACACUGCCACAUAGGGCUCCAAAACAUCUUGGCCUUAUUUCUAACAAAUUAUUGCACUUGGGUGAGCUGUUGGAAUCAUGGAAAUAGAAUGACUAUUCUAAUUCUAUAGUUAGAAUAUAAUAGUGGGCACUUAGAAUAGUGUUUGACAUGACAACAAAUGAAAAAGCCAGGGAGGCGUUAUUGCGAUAGGGUAGGGACCAAAGUGUUGGUCAUUGUUUCCUUGGGAACCCUAUAAUCUUUGGCUAAAUUAUGUGUUUUUCUCUUAGCUACUUAAUGUAGCUAACAUAUUCAUGCGUCGCCUUUUCCUCUUUGAUUUAGAAGAUAGUGUUGCACAAACAACAUGCUGAUUUAGGCCUACACCAUCUCUGGUAUCAGGCUGUAUUAGCUAGCUAUGUUUACUCAGACUCUGUACAUUUACUAGCUAGCCAGCAAACUAGCAAUUAGCAUUAGCGGCUAAAACAAUUUGUUUUAGCCACAACUUGCUAAGAACUUGCUGUUUGCGGACCGUAAGAUACAAACUAAUGGUGUCAUUAUAGAAUGCUUGUGGAUUUAUAUUAAGACGCAGUGUCAUCAACAUCUUGAUGCAUGUGCUGCAUUGACCAUGCAGACUGAACGCAAGUGGUCUCGUAGUCGAGCAACAACUGCACUCCUUGAGUGACGGGGUGGGGCUUGGUCUGUGUGGAAUGGAGAGAGGGCGGGAGAGGAGAGGGAUGACUCAAGUAGCGGAGAAAACUAUCAAAAUGGAUGCUACACACAACAGAGUAGCAUCCCACAUUUAACAAACCAAACAUUGAAAUACCGUUAUAGAAGGUAAAGUAAAAACCCAAACUGGUCCAUGCAUCAAUACUGGUAUAUAGUAUACCGCCCAAUGCUACUACUACCUACAGUGCCUACAGAAAGUAUUCACACCCCUAUUACUUUUUCCACAUUUUGGUACUAAAGUUAUACUGCAAAAAAUGUGGCAAAGCAAAUCACUUUUGAUCCUGAAUACAAAGUUAUGUUUGGGUAAAUCCAAUACAACACAUUGAGUAACACUCUCCAUAUUUUCAAGCGUAGUGGUGGCUGCAUCAUGUUAUGGGUAUGCUUGUAAUCAUUAAGGACUGGGGAGUUUUUCAGGACAAAAAAAGAAAUGGAAUGGAGCUAAGCACAGGCACAAUCCUAGAGGGAAAACCUGGUUCAGUGUGCUUUCCACCAGACACUGGGAGAUGAAUUCACCUUACAGCAGAACAACAACCUAAAACACCAGGCCAAAUCUACACUGGGGUUGCUUACCAAGAAGACAGUGAAUUUUCCUGAGUGGCUGAGUUACAGUUUUGACUUCAAUCUACUUGAAAAUCGAUGGCAAGACCGGAAAAAGGGUUGUCUAGGAAUGAUCAACAACCGAUUUGACAGAGCUUGAAGAAAUUUUGAAAAGAAUGAUGGGCAAAUGUUGCACAUUCCAGGUGUGGAAAGCGCUUAAAGACUUACCCAGAAAGACUCAUAGCUGCAAUUUCUGCCAAAGGUGCUUCUACAAAGUAUUGACUCGGGUGUGAUUACUUAUGUAAAUGAGAUUUCUGUAUUUCAUUUUCAAUACAUUUGCAAACAUUUCUAAAAACAUGUUUUCACUUCGUCAUUAUAGGGUUUUGUGUGUAGAUGGGUGAGGAAAAAACAUCUCUUUUUUUUUUAAAUCAAUUUUGAAAACAGGCUGUAACACAAUGUGGAAUAAGUCAAGGGGUAUGACUACUUUCUUGUAUAACGUUAUGAGCUGGAUUGCCUGUUUUUGCGAUUUAUUUACGUUUGCGCUCGUUAGCAUAUUUAGUUAACAGCCUCUAUGGACAUUUGCUAGUAAAAUGUGUCUAAGGGUUGUUUUUGUUUUUUUGCUCCCCCUUGUGUGCUAAAAUGGUAAUACCAUAAAUCCUGGUAUGACGAUAUGAAAAUCUGGAUACCGCCCAACCCUAGUCACUAGAGCGGAAAGGGAAAAUGUUGCUAAGUGGUACACAAUAUAUCACAUGUUCAUCCAGGGUGAAAGCUGUAUCAAUGUGGGAUUUACUCUUUAUUUACCUGUGUGUGUGUCAAUAGUGACCAUUGUCUCCUCUCCAUCCCCAGCCCUGUCAGACUAUCUAUCAGGUCUUCCACGAUGCUGUCAGCCGUUUGAUCCAGUAUGGAGUUCUGUAUGUGGCAGAGGUGAAUUUUACAUGAGAAGGAAUGCUGCACACUGCCAAAACAAUGUCUUCAGGCUCAAAUGAAAUGUUACUUAAUGUUCUGGCAAAUGUUCUGAACCACGUUUGUGUGUGUGCGCGUUUGUUUGUGUUAUUGUGUGUGUCCGUCCGUGUAUUCAUCCAGGAGGACCAGGAAGAGCUGACCCCCAGCCCCACCGAGGAGCCAUGGCCUAAGAAGUUCCCUGAGCCCCUGUCGUGGAGGAGUGAUGAGGAGGACGAGGACAGUGACUUUGCAGAGGAGCAGAGGGACCGCUACCUCAAGGUAAGCCAGCCACACUGACCUUGGAAAACAAUCACCACAGUCAUAGUUAGCUUGGGUGUCCAAAAUGGCACUCUUUUUCCUAUGUAGUGUAGUACAAUAGAUAUACAGAUAACUGCCAAAAUAAAGGAUACACCAACAUAAAGUUUCUUAAUAGUGCGUUGGACCACCACGAGCUGCCAGAACAGCUUCAAUGCGCCUUGGCAUAAAUUCUACAAGUGUCUGGAACUCUAUUGGAGGGAUGCAACACCAUUCUUCCAAGAGAAAUUCCAUAAUUUGGUGUACAUUUUACAUUUACAUUUUAGUCAUUUAGCAGACGCUCUUAUCCAGAGCGACUUACAGUUAGUGAUUACAUAUAUAUAUAUAUAUGUUUUUUUUUUUAUAUAUAUACUGGCCCCCCGUGGGUACUUGAUGGUGGUGGAAAACGUGGUCUCAGGCACCGCUCCAGGAUCUCCCAUAAGUGUUCAAUUGGGUUGAGAUCUGGUGACACACACACACACACACCCUUUAAACCCCCUAUGCUCCUUUGAGACCCCUCUUUCAAAGUCACUGAGAUCUCUUCUUCUAGCCAUGGUAUCCAAAAUAAUGGGCAACUGGGCAUUUUUAUACAUGACCCCUAAGCAUGAUGGGAUGCUAAUUGCUUAAUUAACUCAGGAACCAAAUCUGUGUGAAAGCACCUGAUUUCAAUAUACUUUGUAUCCCUCAUUUACUCAAGUGUUGCCUUUUUUAAAAUUUUGGCAGUAAACCUGGACACCCCUUCAAAUUAGUGGAUUCGGCUAUUUCAGCCACACCCGUUGCUGACAGGUGUAUAAAAUCAAGAGCACAGACAUGCAAUCUCCAUAGACAAACAUUGGCAGUAGAAUGGCCUUACUAAAGAGCUCAGUGACUUUCAACGUGGCACCGUCAUAGUAUGCCACCUUUCCAACAAGUCAGUUCGUCAAAUUUCUGCCCUGCUAGAGCUCCCCCGGUCAACUGUAAUUGCUGUUAUUGUGAAGUGGAAACGUCUAGGAGCAACAAUGGCUCAGCCGCGAAGUGAACGGGACCGGAGAGUGCUGAAGCACGUGGUGCAUAAAAAUCGUCUGUCCUCGGUUACAACACUCACUACCGAGUUCCAAACUGCCUCUGGGAGCAACAUCAGAACAAGAACUGUUCGUCGGGAGCUUCAUGGAAUGGGUUUCCAUGGCCGAGCAGCCACACACAAGCCUAAGAUCACCAUGCACAAUGCCAAGCGUUGGCUGGAGUGGUGUAAAGAGCACCGCCAUUGGACUCUGGAGCAGUGGAAACGCUUCACCAUCUGGCAGUACGACGGAUGAAUCUGGGUUUGGCGGAUGCCAGGAGAACGCUACCUGCCCCAAUGCAUAGUGCCAACUGUAAAGUCUGGUGGAGGAGGAAUAAUGUUCUGGGGCUGAUUUUCAUGGUUCGGGCUAGGCCCCUUAGUUCCAGUGAAGGGAAAUUUAACGCUCCAGCAUACAAUGAUACUCUAGACAAUUCUGUGCUUCCAACUUUGUGGCAACAGUUUGGGAAAGGCCUUUUCCUGUUUCAGCAUGACAAUGCCCCCGUGCACAAAGUGAGGUCCAUACUGAAAUGGUUUGUCGAGAUCGGUGUGGAAGAACUUGACUGGCCUGCACAGAGCCCUGACGUCAACCCCAUCGAUCACCUUUGAGAUGAAUUGGAACGCCGACUGCGAGCCAGGCCUAAUCGCCCAACAUCAACGCCCGACCUCACUAAUGCUGUUGUUGUUGAAUGGAAGCAAGUCCCCGCAGCAAUGUUCCAACAUCUAGUGGAAAGCCUUCCCAGAAGAGUGGAGGAUGUUAUAGCAGCAAUUGCGGACCAACUCCAUAUUUAAUGAUUUCGGAAUAAGAUGUUUGACGAGCAGGUGUCCACAUACUUUUGCGGUGUAUGUAUGUGUUGCAUUUAUAUUUUUGAUAGAUAGAAAUAGCAACAAUUUCUUUAGAUUUUUACUGAGGUACAGUUCAUUUGAGGAAAUUAGUCUAUUGAAAUAAUUUCUUUACAUUUUAGUCAUUUAGCAAACGCUCUUAUCCAGAGUGACUUACAGUAGUGAGUACAUACAUUUUAAUACUAAUUUUUUUUACUGGUCCCCCGUGGGAAACCCACAACCCUGCCGCUGCAAGAGCCAUGCUCUACCAACUGAGCUACACAGGAUCAUUAGGCCCUAAUAUAUGGAUUUUACAUGACUGGAAAUACAGAUAUGCAUCUGUUGGUCACAUAUAACUGAAAUGGGCCUCACAAUGGCCCUCAGGAUCUCGUCACGGUAUUUUUGCGCAUUCAAAUUGUGUUCGUUGUCCGUAUCUUAUACCUGCCCAUACCAUAAUCCCACUACCACCAUGGGGCACUCUGUUCACAACACUGACAUUGGCAAACCGCUCGCCGACACACGUGGUCUGCGGUUGUGAGGACGGUUGGACAUACUGCCAAAUUCUCUGAAACGACGUUGGAUGCAGCUUAUGGUAUAGAAAUGAACGUAAAAUUCUCUGGCAUAUCUCUGGUGGACAUUCCUGCUGUCAGCUUGCCAAUUGCAAGCUCCCUCAACUUGAGACAUCUGUGGCAUUGUGUUGUGUGACACAACUGCACAUUUUAGAGUGGCCUUUUAUUGUCCCCAGCACAAGGUGCACCUGUGUAAUGAUCAUGCUGUUAAAUCAUCUUCUUGAUAUGCCACACCUGUCAGGUGGAUGGAUUAUUUUGGCAAAGGAGAAAUGCUCACUAACAGGGAUGUAAACACAUUUCUGCACAAAAUAUGGGAUUUAAGUGCCUUUGAACAGAGUAUGGUAGUAGGUGUGUCAAUCAGCAUCCAGGACCCAAACUACCCAGUUUUUAUAUACAGUGGCAUAUAAAAUUAAUGAUGCCUUUUCAGCUAGCUGAAUAAGAAGUGAUAAACAAAUAUGAUGUAAACACAUGAGUUCAAUCAAAGCUACCGGAGAUAAGAUGUGUAUUUAUCUGUGGCCAAUGACCUUGAGGCUUCUUGGGCGGGGCACCACUUAUGUAACUGUAUGGCAGCACCCAAGGGGGCUAAAGCUGCCUGGCCCUCCCAUUACCUGCUGCAGUCGCACACUGUCCUUCACUCACCCAACUGAAGCCCUUGAGCAUGCUCCAAUUAUGCGCAACAUAUCACGCACAACCAGAGAAAAUUUAUGGGCUAGCCCCUCCGCAACGUAGCACUGAGAGAGGCUGAAAUAGCUGCAUUCGGGAACUGACUUACUCAAAGAAAAUGUACCAAAACGCCAAUACAACGGGGAUGCGGCCACGUAUGAUUUAUUAACUCAAGCAAUUAAAAAACUAAAACAUGUUUGCUAACUGAUAUGUUGUGGCAUGAAUGAAUGCCAGAAUUACAUGCAAAACAGAAGUAUCUGCUGGAGGGUGGUGCGGCUGAGCCCCACUUGCCCUGAAUGACGCGUCGCCACUGAGCUGUCGGCUCUCACUCACUCUCCCCCCCUGUUCGCACAGAUUAGGCUAAAGGGAGAGAUGCAUUCCGAGACUGAGCAAACACUGUUUUUAAAGCAACUACUGUUAUUGUUAGAGGACUGUCUCAGCGUCCUGUGCGUAUGACACAUUUUUUUCUCAACUCUAAAUAUUUAGGCAAUGGCACAACUUUACAAUCGUAGGGCAUUACAUUUUACUGUUGACUAAAUUACAUGGCUAUCUAGCUAAUGUGUUUUGAGUUCCCACUUCUUCAGGUGGUAAAUAGCCUAGGCCAAUAUGUACAAAAAAGAUGCAGGCAAAUUAAUCUCUAAAGAGCCAAAAAUAAAUCUGAUCCUAUUUUGACACGUUGCACAUCAAUCAUGCAUUCCCUGAUCAUGUUAGAUGAAAUAGCCAACUUCUUUCUUGUCUUACUACUUAAUGGCACUAGAAAAAGUUAGUCUAGAGCCCUGCCGCUAAUAGAAAGUAACUGCAUUUAAGACAAAUAUUGUAUUGUUGAGAAAUGUCAAUUUAUUGUGAUAUUACUUUUUUAUCUGUAUCGAAUAGGGUGCUGCCCUUCGGAUGCAGCCCUUGUUAUACCUUGACUCAUACACCCUUACACACGCUGAUAUUGCCUACACCUUUAUGUACCAGGUCCAGUGUUUGUGCUGCCGUUUUGUCCACAACAAUCCUAAACUGUGUCAAACUUUUAAAAAGACCUCUGACCGUUGCCCGUGUGCAUGUGUGUAUCCACAGGUGAGCCUAUCCCCCGAGCACCAGGAGUUCUUUGUCUUCCUGCAGCGUCUCCUCAGCCCCGUACUGGAGGCCUACAGCGGGGCGGCCAUCUUUGUCCACAGCCUGAGCCAGCCCAUGGCCGAGCCAGAGUACACGCAGCAGCUCUUCCGAUACCUGCUCACGCGCACCGAGAAGGGAGUGGCUGCCUACGGUACAUAUCGUUGUUAGACGUUUCUUUUCUGUACUGCGGCUUUUACCAGAUAAAGACCUCAAAGAGCUCUGCAAAUCGUACACUGUAAUGCCGCCUAAUAUCACGUUUUAAUACUAAUGUUCUGAACUGGGGCCAUAAGUAUGAAGCUUCUCAGAGUAGGAGUGCUGAUCUAGGAUCAGCUCCCCACGUCCAUAUAAUCUUGUUCUUUGUCAUCUAAAAGGCUAAACUGAUCCUAAAUCGGCACUACUCUAAGACUACUUCAUACAGCCCCUGAGGUUGAUCUUUGUCAGGACAAACAACUGGAAAUAAGAUCCUCUCUCGUCUUCUAUCGUUUAUGGUCUUCUGUUCUCUUCUCUCAGGUGAAAGUGCGACACACUACCUCGUGAAGAACACAGUGAGAACGUUUAAGGAACUUGGGGUGAGAGACCAUUCGCUAAAUUGUAGAAUGUAGCGUCCAUCCUCCCUCUCUGUUUUGGUAGUUCUGAAGACUGUCUUCUGUUAGUCAACUUCUGAAAAUAUAUAUGCACAAAACUCAGUGGUGGCUCAUUGCAGAACAAACUCUGCUGAUAUUCUAAUCUAAAUUCCAAAAAGCUUUUCUAACUUUAUUUGUAUUUUUAUUAUGUGUUCUCUAAUUUAAAUGGCUGCAGGUCCUGAAGGAGAGGCGGGAGAACCGUGUGUCAUUGGUUGAGCUGAGCAGCACCUUCCUACCUCAGGCGAAUCGGAACAAGCUUCUGCAUUACAUCCUGGGCUUCACCCUCCUGUGACCUACGACCUUCCCACCCAGCUCCACCCACCCUGUCUCCCCUCCACAAGGGCUUUUACUGGCUAGUUCUAACCAAUCAGAGGUGCUACUCUAUGGAAAGCUUUACCAGGAAGUGCCUUUCGUGAAACCACUAUUAGCCAGAAGAGACUUGAAGUCAGUCUUCCUCCUCCAGUUGAGACCCUUCCACCUGUAGAACUGUGCAGCUAGAUUGAAAGGAAAAAACAAAACAAAACAAAACUGUCCCUCAUCUGACUCUAUAAUCGUCCUUCAGUGAAAGUCAGUUUUUAAUUGGAUUGGUCUUUUAACUAUAAUAAUACGUAUUCAUUAACUGUAGGAAUACGUAUUCAUCUUCGUUGGACUAAUCAUCUUGUUUAUCUCUCAGUCCAGUAAAUGAAUGUCAUCUUUACAAACACAAAAAACAAUGCCUUUGGUGUAAAAAAAUAAAAUAAAGUCAGAGGGCAUUUUUACUCAUUUGCACCAGAAUGCAUGUAGAAAAUUUGCUCAUUGCUAGGCCCCUAUCCAUGUUAGAAACUGAAACCACAUGUUAGAAACAGACAUAAUGAAGAAGACUAAAAAAAAAAGCAUGCCAGUCAAACAACUCACUAUAUACAAGUGUUACUCAUCUCAAGUUUAGUCCAUGGGCGUGUCUACAGUGAGCAGGCAGCCCAUGGUUAUGUAGACCUCUAAAGACAUUAACCUGUGUUGUUAUUUUUCUGUGUUGUAUGUAUGAAUGAAAGGGCAUUCUGGUGCAACCGCUACAUAAAGCUUGCCCUUUGUGUUACCUUGAACAUGGGCCACUCGCUUUGAUGUCUGACAAUCGGCAGACUCGUCGCGCUACCUUUUUUCUGACUGAAUUGGCAACUGUGGCUCAGAAUUCCUGGUGUUAAAACAUAAUUGUAUGAUUUCCAUAGCCAUUUGGAACAGCUACGUAGCUACAUGUAAAACAUUUUAUUAGUGUUUUACGUCUGCCGAAAUGGAAUUAGAAUUUGUCAAAAUGUUUAACUAAAGCAGAGAGCUGAUAUGAACAAAUAUGAAUUGCUGCACAAUAUAAAAAAGAACAACAAAAAAUCUCUUCUCGAGAGUCAUGAAGCAUUACGAUACCCUGCAAAAUCCAGCACUUCCUCUUCAUGCACGAGAGUAUGUAGUAUAGUUUAGGUACUAAAACUGUAGUCCUGCAAAGGUUACAGUACAGCCGAGUAGGUCUUUGCCGUGCUAGCACCCUUUUUACAAAUUGAUUCAAAUGUAAUAACCAAUUUUAGUGUUGCUAAAACAUGAGUUGUAUAUUACUAAAUGUACUUGCAAGCCUUAAAUAGCAUACAAUGCUCUUGCAAUGUAUACUUUGACUUUGUCGUGAAUUAUUUUGGUACGGGGGUGGGGGAUCCGAUUGGUGUGUUUACCCAACAUCUACAUUUAAUGUUACGCAUCAGAGCACAUAAACGUCCUCAAACCUGUCCUACGAGUUGCAUAAGAUCAGCAUAGCAAGCCUCUCUUUAAUUUUCCAUUAACUUAUCUAUGGUCUCCCACUGUAUCUUCCUUAGAGUGGGGUGGGUUGGUAAACUCAUCUGUCUAUUUUACUUGUUCUUACUCGCAAAGACCGUACUGUAGAAUACCUUUACAUAGUUUUACAUGGUUGCCUCCACAUGGUUCGGUUGUUAGCAUAGUCACAGGAGGACUGUUGGUUAUGAAUGGUAAAUAUCCCAUGAACAUCUCAUUUGGUUCAUUAAACAAGCUAACUGGUCCUCCUGAAGCUAGCACGUUAGAUGGGAGGUAUUGGCUUAGAUGUGUGUGUCCUAUAGCUAGCUUUGCACACUGGAAUAGGUUAUUUUUAGUCAUACUUCGAGGAAAAGAUCUGUCUCCAUUUUUUGCCUUAUGUAAAGCCGCAAAGCUUUAGCUAGUUAGUACAUCAAUAGUCCCUCUAUCCUAUCUCCAUUUCUCCUUUGUGGUCUUUGGUAUGGAGUAUGAACCUAAUAAUCCAUCAGCUGCCAGGCUUGUCCUUUCGCAAGUGUGUGUGUUGACCCUUCUCGUUGUGGACUAGCCUCUCUGGCUGGGUAAUAAGGCCCUGUUUUAAGACUUUAGAAAUGCAUCCCUUCUAUCUUUAACAUCUCUGAUCUGUGAAAGCAAGGUUUCUGUACUUUAUUACUCGGUCUUCUCCAAUCUUGCCAAGGAAGGAAUGAUGCAUAUUCUAGAAGUACAUGAACAGGGCCCAACUCCCUGUCCGGUAAUAUUGGUGUCUGAGGCGUUGGGGUCGGUCAUGCCUAUGUGCAGCGCAGGCUAGUUUGAAAAUGAAGGUUUGAGGUAAUGGGAGCAAAGGGAAAGCCAAUGAAAGUGCAAGGGGUGGCUGUGACAACACAAAUGUUGAAAAAGAUUAACUAGAGAGACUGCUCAAGACCAGUCUAGUUUACACUAUUGGUACCAGUCUUGAUUUUAAGAAAUUUACUAAUUUGGUGUUUAGGUGGAGAAAUAUGGAUUUGUAUAUAGUUUAAGCCCUAUUGCGAUAUUGUUUAUUAAUUUGCCGAUCAUGGUCUGCAAGGGCAUAGUGAAAUGUAACUCAUCAAAAUUAGUUUAAAUGUAUUAAGCUUAGCUUGAGUCAAUGUCAAAUGUAGCAGAUUAAAUGUCCCUGUAUUUAUGGUUUAGUUGUGUAAAACUGUUUAGAUAAAACACUGGAACUCUGCGUUGGGCAGUUAUUUAAAAAUGUUGGAACUGAAUCUGAACGCAACUCUGCAUUAUGAUAUGGACUUUGUCAUUUUCCAUUUGAAUUGCACGUCUUCAGUAUUCAUAAGGAUAGAGCUGACACCAUUGAAUAGCAGAGGCUCACAAGGGGAGUUAAAUGAGCACAGAGCAUCAAAUCCUCAUUUUGAAACUUUUUGGUGUUGCCAGGGCCUGGAUGUUUCUUUUGGGAACCACACAAGGGGGAAAUACAUUUUCGUAGCAACUUGUUUGCUAGGUGCCACACAGUACCUAUGGUAUGUUGAACAGAUAUGGUAUGUAUGUAUAUUGAAUGGGGACAUCUGUGUGCAGUGCACGCUAUAAGAACACAGUCACAGCUAUCUAUCUACUCUCUCGGUACAGACCGUAGCUCCGAGAGCCCAGUAUUUAAAGCAAUAAUAACCCCAGAUUCUGUAAGUUACUCAAACUCACCCCUGUGGCACGCCAAAGUCGAGACGAGGCUUUGUGUAUGUAUCUGCUGGCCGCCAUCAAUUUCAUAGGAACUCUAUACUUAACCUGAUAAAUAUAGACUAGUUACAGACUAGUGUGUGAAUACUUUAUUUGAAGAGAAUGAUAGUAAUUUGAGUAGGAAACCAAGUUUGGUUUGUUACUUCUGUAUCGUACCUUUCCCCCAAAUAGUAAAAUGUGUUAGUUGUAGGACUCUCGAUUUAAUCAGCGCACAAACAUGUUUAGUUUUGACACAUCUGGAUGGUGAUUGAAUCAUGUCACUAAUGUGAGCAGCAACAUGUUGAUGCCAAAAUGAUGCAUACAAACCACGUUAACUUGUUUUAGACAAUAAACCUUAACUGUAUUCUUUGAGCAUGGUGCCUUUUAUUGCACUGUAGAGUUUUCUUUGUGUUUUUUGGUGUAUGUUGUGCAUGUUAGCUGAGGCCCAUGUAGCAUGGCCGCUAAAAGAAUUCACUGUAGGAGUAGUAACUCGUUAGAAAAAGUCAUUAUUUUCUUACAAGAACACAAAUUUACCAUAGGAAGAGAGUCGCCAGCUACUAAAAAAAACAAAUGACACUCUUUAUGUUCCUGCUCCCAUAGAACAAAAACAAUAUCCAAGCACAGUUGUCAGCACAUUUAUGUUUGUUUUGUUUUAAAAUAAAUUAAUGCUAGAUUAACAA